AGAACCGCACUGCAUUGUUCGGCUUGAGGGGAAACUGCAAGGGAGACCUGCUAAUGAAAUGGAUGAAAGCCAUCCAGACUGGGCACCCUCAUUACAUCUCGGACACGCGGAGGUGAAAGCUGCAGAUAACGAGAGACUACAGAUGACAUUGCACGAGGAGGAACUUUCUCCAACAAGAGAGGAGAACGAGCAACAACUGGAAGAUGUUUGCAAGACUCAAGUUGUGCUGCACAUUGAAGACACCCAGCAGCUGAUUGGUCGUCAAGAAGACUGUCCCCUUCAGCCACAGGGGGAGCAAAAGCCUAUUAAAGAGGAAGAGGAGGAGCCACAGCCUUCAUUUGUUAAAGUGGAAGAGGACAAGCUCUCGAUCACUCAGGAGGAAGAGUGUCUUCUAGGACCAGAGGAGGCUGAUCUCUCCAGGUUGCAACUGACUGGUGUUUCUGUGAAGACCGAAGACGAUGAAGACAAACAACCUGAGUCCUGUCAGCUUCAUCAUAGUCCAAGUGAGGAGAAGAGAGAGGCGGAGCCUUCAAGCAGCAGCUCAGCACAACACAUGACAACAGAAGCUGAUGGAGACCACUGUGGAGGAUCACAAGCAGACAACCUGUUAGCUCCACUGUCAGAUAGUGACGACACAACGUCUCACUCUCCUGAAGAUGAAGACAGGGACUACAACCAAGAAUCUUUGAGCAGCGAUACAGACUGUGAAGAUGAUAUGACGACUCACACUGACAACAAACACUCAGAAUGCUCUAAAAAGAAGACUGAAAAAAAAACUUUUACCUGCUCGGUUUGUGAUAACAGUUUUUCUUGUAAGAAUGAUUUGACACGACACAUGAGAACGCACACAGGAGAUAAACCUUUUACUUGCUCAAAAUGUUCAUUUUCUGUCAGGCAUUCCCACUGUCAUGCCCUCCUGAUGGCUAAAGCUAAGAAGCUUUCUCUUUUUGAACGUAGUCGGAUUGUGGAGCUGCAUAAGCAAGGCCUCUCGCAGCGUGCCAUUGCUGCUGAGGUUGGGCGUAGUAAGACAGUCAUUCAAAAUUUUUUGAAAGAUCCUGAGCAUUAUGGAACAAAAAAGUCAAGUGGUAGACCUAAAAAAAUCACACCUGCGCUGAGCCGGAGGAUCCGAUUGGCUGUCCAUCAAGACAUAGGGUGGUCUUCGUCCCAAAUUAAGGCCCUUACUGGUGCCGACUGCAGCGCAAUAACCAUCAGACGCCAUCUGCGGGAAAAGGGUUUAAAAAACAAAAAAUGAAUUCAAGACUCAAAAGUGCCCGUUUGGACUUUGCCAGGGAGCAUCAAACAUGGGACAUUGAAAGGUGGAACAAAGUUUUAUUCUCUGAUGAGAUAAAAUGGAACCUUGACGGUCCAGAUGGCUUCCAGCGUUACUGGCAUGACAAGGAGAUCCCACCUGAGAUGUUUUCUACCCGCACAGUGGAGGGGGGUCCAUCAUGGUCUGGGUUCAUUCAGUGGAACACUGGAGCUUCAGGUGGUGCAGGGUCGUCAAACGGCGGGGACUUAUGUGCAGAUGUUGGGGCGGGCAUCCCUCAUGACCGAGGGCCCUCGUCUGUGUGGUAACAGCUGGGUUCUUCAACAGGACAACGCUGCAGGUCACAAUGCUGGCUUGACCAAGGACUUCUUCAGGGAGAAUAGCAUCACUCUUUUGGACCAUCCUGCAUGUUAAAUCCCAUAGAGAACAUUUGGGGAUGGAUGGCAAGGGAAGUUUAUAAAAAUGGCCAUCAGUUCCAGACAGUCGAUGCCCCUGGUGAAGCCAUCUUCACCACUUGGAGCAAUGUUCCCACUAGCCUCCUGGAAACACUGGCAUCAAGCAUGCCCAAAGCCAUUUUGGAAGUGAUGAACAAGAACGGUGGAGCUCCUCAUUACUGAGUCCUACUGAGAACAUUUGUUGUUCUGGUUUGGAGAGUUUUUUUUUUUUUUUGAGCGAUGGUCUUAAACUCUUGAUCAGCUGACAAAAAAACCAUUUGUUUUCAAUAAAUGACUUUUUCAAAAUGCUUUUUGUCGCACUCCCCCUUCUUGCUUUUGAAUAUUGUAGCUCUACUUAAAACCUCAUUAAGAUUCAAAUGUGCAAAAUGCAAAUUUUAGCAAUUUUUCAACCGAUCUUAAGCUUUUGAUCAGGAUGUUUUUGUUGUUAUAAGCACCUUUUUAUGAGUUACAGUACAGUAUGUUAGUCUGGUGGCAACAAUGUUUUAAUAUGUUAAUAUGAAUAUAAGACAUUUCAUGCCAAUGUGUGCUCUCUGUAUUAUGUACAGCAUUUAAAGACAACUCAGGAAAGUUACUGCUGUUAAUUAAACUAGUUUUGGGGAGUUCGUUUUUCAUGUGGCUUUCCUUUUUUUAGGAGACGUGCAUGAAACGUAUUCAAGUUGCUGUAAAUUUUAUAUGUUGUGCACAGUUAUGUCUGCUCCCUCUUUCUGCAUGUUUUGUUUAAAAUUCUUCAGUCGCCUUCUGGACUGGUGAGGAGAGGAGACGUGUGCAUGAAGCUUAUUCCGGUUGCUGUACAUUUUAUUUGUUGUGCACAGAGAAUAAACGCCCCCUCUGGCGG